CUCACCCCACUUCCCGCCCUUGUCGCCAUGGUAACGGAGGAGAAGAAAGGGAGGAGGUAGUUCGGGCCAGAAGGAAGGGACAAGUGGAGGCGCCACAACAAUCUGCUCACGCCGACCAGGACCCACGUCCUUAUUUUCCACGCCACGUUCACGGACUCCUCGCGGCCUCCAGACAUGUCGGACAUAGUUCCUCCAGAAGUCAGACCCAAACCGGCCGUCCCCGCCAAGCCCCCCAACGUGGGCGCCUCUUCCCCCUCCAACCCCUUCCCUCCCCAGGGCCCGGGCAUCGGAGGAGGGGGCGCCCCUCCCAGCGCCAUCCCCGUCCCCAUCGGGAGUCACGGCCCGGGUCCCGUGGGAGGAGGACACAGCACCUCCCACACCACCAGCGGGGGGUCCACCCUGCUGGGGUACAUCGGUAUCGACACCAUCAUCGAGCAGAUGAGGAAGAAGACCAUGAAGACCGGCUUUGACUUCAACAUCAUGGUCGUCGGUCACAGCGGCCUGGGCAAGUCCACGCUGGUCAACACCUUGUUCAAGUCCCAGGUGAGCAGGAGGACCGCGGGCUGGGGCCGAGACGAGAAGAUCAACAAGACCGUGGAGAUCAGAUCAGUGUCUCACGUGAUCGAGGAGGGCGGCGUGAAGAUGAAGCUGACCGUUGUCGACACGCCAGGCUUCGGCGACCAGAUCAACAACGACAACUGCUGGGAGCCUAUUUGCAAGUACGUCAACGAGCAGUAUGACAAGUUCCUGAAAGAGGAGGUCAACAUCACCAGGAAGAAACGCAUCCCCGACACCCGAGUGCACUGCUGCCUCUACUUCAUCCCCCCCACUGGACACUCACUGCGGCAGCUGGACGUGGAGUUCAUGAAGCGCCUGAGUCACUCGGUCAACAUCAUCCCCGUCAUCGCCAAGGCCGACACCAUGACGCCCGAGGAGAGGCACGACUUCAAACAGCACGUGAAGAAGGAGCUGGAGGUGAACGGGGUGGAGUUUUACCCCCAGAAGGAGUUUGACGAGGACAUGGAGGACAAGAGCGACAACGACAAGAUCCGAGAAGUCAUGCCCUUCGCCGUGGUGGGCAGCGACAAAGAGUACCAAGUCAACGGCAAGCGGGUGUUGGGCAGGAAGACGGCGUGGGGAGUUGUAGAAGUUGAAAACAUGAAGCACUGUGAGUUCGCUCAGCUCAGAGACUUCCUCAUCAGGUCUCACCUGCAGGACCUGAAGGAGGUGACUCACAACAUCCACUACGAGACGUACCGCGCCAACAGACUGCACGAGAACGGAGGUCUGCACGGCGCCCAGGAGAGCAACUUGUAACCACACCCACCAUUUACAUGGGCGUGGUCAGGGUGCCGCCAUGUUGAAGACUGCCAAAGCCUCGUCAGCGUCCUCCGCCUCCUUCGACCACGUGUUGUCUUCUCUCUGUGCCAGAACAAGUCCAGGUCCAACGUCCACAAGCGCUGAAGAUUCUGUCCAAAAUAAAUUGUCUUCAUCUUUCAUUUCUGCCUGACGGAGAGAAAGCGUCGUGUUUGUCCCACUUUAGCGGGAAUGUAGGGUGCCAUACUCCUCUCUACCACUGGGGGCAGCACUGAUGUCUGAAUCCUUUUAACACGCUUCAAAUGAUAUUUUUGACAAAAGGCCCCUUUAUUAUUAUUUUGUUAAAUUAUUAUUAUUAUUGAUGCUGUUAUCCCCGUACAUCGUCUUUUUGAGGGCCUUAACGUCUAUGAAAACGACAUUUGUUUGGAAAAAGUCUCCAAAACAGACCGGAAGUCGGCCAUUUUGAGCGUAAACCAGGAUCGUACUUAAGUUGUUUUUGUUUGUUUUUUUCAAGCAGAUUUUGAAUCAACGAUACAUUUUUAACUUUUACUGUCAUGAAGAAAACAAAAGUAUGUGAUUUUAUUUAGAAAUGUGACGUCUGAUACAGAGUAGAAGAAUAUUUGUGCCAUUCUGUUUUCAUCUGCAUGCAACCCAAAAAAUAUAGAAAAAAACAACAACUUAUCAGACUUUUAUUUUUUAAACGGUGAUAUUUAUUUACAUACUUUUUAUUUUUAAAGCACUGCUUUUUAUUUGUACGUAUUGAACUGUCUGUGAAGUUUGAUUAUUGAUUUAUUGACUUGUCCUGUCUUAUUUAUUCCUAAUUUAAUAAAUGCAUUUUCUCAUGGAA